AUGUUAAUAACUAAAGCUACCAACGUAAUUCAAAGACCGGAAAUGGGCAAAAUGAGUUUAUCUGAAAGACCUUUUCAGCGGAUUUAUGUGGACAUUCUAGGUCCAUAUCCGAGAAGAAAAAAGGGUUAUAUAGGACUGUUUAUAGUACUCGACCACUUUUCGAAAUACCAUUGGCUUUGCCUCCUAAAAAAGUUUACUGCUUCAGUGAUAAUAGAAUUCCUCGAAAAGCAAAUUUUCCAUCACUAUGGUGUGUCAGAGGUGGUUAUAAGUGACAACGGCAGUCAAUUUCGUAGCAAUGAAUUCAAUGCUUUUCUGACAAAAUAUGAAAUUCAUCACACAUACACAGCAUUGUACUCACCACAAAGUAAUGCCGCAGAAAGGGUCAACAGAUCUAUAAUUGCUGCAAUUCGGGCUUACUUGAAGAAGGAUCACCGUGAGUGGGACGAGAAUAUUUCGUCAAUAAGUUGCGCUCUUCGAAAUGCUAUACACAGCUCUAUAGGAAUGUCACCUUAUCAUGCCUUAUAUGGUUUUGACAUGAUAACUCAUGCCACAUCGUAUAAAUUGCUCAGAGAUAUACAAUCUUUAGAAGAAGCCGAUGUUAAGAUAAAAAGAGAUGACAAGUUAGCUUUACUUCGAGAUACAAUACCGCAAAGUAUCAAAAAAGCUUAUGAUGUGAAUGUAAGACAAUAUAAUUUAAGAACAAGAACGAUAAAUUUCAAGGUAGGACAAGAAGUAUUUCGGAAAAAUUUUGCUCAAAGUAAGGCAGAUCAGAAAUUUAACGCCAAGCUUAGUCCUUUAUACAUUAGGGCCAGAGUGAAGGACAAGAUGGGAAAUUGUUAUUAUGUUCUUGAGGACAUAGAUGGAAAAGGUGUGGGUACAUACCACGCUAAGGACAUGAAACCAUAA